GUGAAUUGUGUGAGAAUGAAGCGGGAUGCAGCGAGAAAUGGUGUGCGGAGCGAUGUUAUAAUAAUGCAACAUGUGAUAAAGUUAAGAUCGAUGUUCGUCGAUCGAUGGAUAUCGAUAUCUGGUUGAAGGCGUUUGAUUCGGAUGGAUUGGUAUUCUAUUGGGCCAAAUUGAAGGAAACGGGAAACGUUAAUCGAAUUCAAGAGCACCAGCUACAUUAUCAAACCACCGUUUUCAUUCGAUUCGUUUCACAAGAAAUCUCCGAAAUGGUACAAUUCAAGUGGACUAUUCUCCAUUCAUUAGUCAUCAAAUAUCUUUGCAAUGUUCUGGACAAUUUUCACAUUCAAGUUCUUUAUUCACGAACUUAUAGCAACUGCGCACUCAAAUCAUAUUUCAACUGUAUUAAUUAUUACAAAACUAUUAUCAAUAAUAAAUUAAUUAAAUUUAAGCCAAAAAACAAUCAUUUGGAUGUAUUCGGUGAGGACAUCUAUAUUGGUGGAGUGCCCAAUGAUCAUUUGAUACCACCCGUCAUACCCGAAAUGCGUAAACGUUUCAAGGGUGUCAUUCAACGAAUUUCAAUUAAUGGACAGAUCUUCAAUAAUCUCUUCAAGGUUAUUAUUCAUUAUGUUGAAUAUAUUUUUGAUUAUUACAAUAGAUAUAUUAUUUAUUAUACUAAUCAAACUAUAUAA